UCAAAACCUAAAUCAAAGCAAGAUGGUUUGCCAAAGCGACCCUCUUGUUCUCAAAGUCCUGCGGCUAUACGAGAGCAUCUCGAAGCUGGAGGACCUGAGCCCUUCCAAAGAGGUGGACGCGCUCUUCAUAGAGCUCGUCCACCUCUGCAUUCCCCCGCAUCCCAUCGACCCCACGAAGCUCUGCCCUGAGAUCCAGGAGAUGCGGGGGAAGCUUAUCUCCCUCUGCGGCCGCGCAGAGGGCCUCAUGGAGAAGCACUUCACCACCCUCCUGGCCUCGUUCGACCGCCCCCUCGACCACCUCUCCCUCUUCCCUUACCACUCCAACUACCUCAAGCUCAGCCGCCUCGAGUUCGACCUCCUCUCCAAGCACACUCCGACCACCCCGGCCCGUGUGGCCUUCGUGGGGUCCGGGCCCCUCCCGCUGACCUCCAUCGUCCUGGCGGCCAACCACCUCAAGUCCGCCGUGUUCCACAACUUCGACAUCGACGCGUCCGCCAACGCCAUGGCGGGAAAGCUGGUGGGCCCGCACCCGGAGAUAUCGGGGCGGAUGGAGUUCCACACGGCCGACAUCAUGGACGUUCCCGGGGAGGUGCUCCGGGAGUACGACGUGGUGUUCCUGGCGGCGCUGGUGGGGAUGGAUGCGGAGGAGAAGAUGCACGUGGUGGAGCAUCUGGCGGAGAACAUGGCGGCGGGGGCGAUCCUGAUGCUGCGGAGCGCGCACGGGGCGAGGGCCUUCCUCUACCCCGUGGUCGACCCGCGCCAUCUGCGGGGCUUCGAGCUGCUGUCGCUCUACCACCCCACGGAUGACGUCAUCAACUCUGUUGUGGUGGCCAGGAGGUGCCCGAGGCCGCACCCGGCCCCCCUCGGCCCCCACGUGCUCUGCGCCAAGUGCUCCGAGCUUCAGCCUUUCAACCCUCUCUCUCUCAUUGAGGAAGAUCAUCACUGCUGAGCCAAUUGGCAUUGGGUUCUCUAUCAUUUCUUUCUUUAUAUCUAUCUAUCUAUCUCAUUGUGAUUUUCAUGAUUGUGAUUGUGAUUAGUUUUAGUAGUGUUGCGAAUCGAAUUAAUGUGUGCGUCUUGUGUUGUUUUGGGAAGGAAUAACAUUGAUUAAUAACUGGUGCUUUAACUCCAA